UAUUUUUUAAAUUCGUUAUUUUAUUUGCUGUUGCUGUUACUUUACCUCUCCCAUAUGAGAAUCGGACAUACAAGGUUUUUUGGUCGAAACCAGCUUGCCCCUCUGAAGCUCGAUUCAUCUUCUGCUGCCGGGCUUUCAUAUUUGGUUCUUUCCGAUCCUGUUGCUUAUCUGAAGUGUGUUAAAGAACUAUAGGCUUGUAGAAACUCCAAAGGGGCAAAGAAGGGAAAUAAAAGACCAUCUCACUGGUUUUUCAUAAAUUCCUAGAUGCCAAGAUGAUGGAUCGUAGAAAAGUUGUCUUAUUUAUCUGUGGCUUUUCAGUUUUGCCGUUGCUAUGCUCUUCUGCCAGCUUCGUUCCACAAGACAAUUAUCUUAUUGAUUGUGGAGCAGCAUCAAAUACUUCAUUUGAUAGCCGCAAUUUCGCGGCGGAUGCGUUCUACAAGGAUCUCCUUUCUACUAAACGCGACGUUCUCGCCACAACCUCUUCAAAAUCAGUCGCUUCCACUGCGGAUUCACCUCUCUAUCAAACAGCAAGAAUCUUCAGUGAACCCUCAAAAUACACAUUCUCGAUCGGCCAAAAGGGUAGACAUUGGAUCCGUCUCUAUUUCUAUCCAUUUGAGUAUCAGAACUUCAACAUGAGUACUGCAAAUUUUGCGGUCACUACCCAAAACAAUAUCCUUCUCAGUGACUUCUCUGCCCAGAAAAAUCCUGUUCUGAAGGAAUACUCUGUGAACGUUACUUCAGACACCCUUGUGAUCACCUUUACUCCUUCCAGCAAUUCCUUUGCAUUCGUGAAUGCCAUCGAAGUUGUUUCAGUACCCGAUGAACUCAUUGCCGAUGACGCUUCUACCAUAAAUCCAAGUGAAAGUUUCUCUGGGUUGGUAACGCUGGCAUUGGAGACAGUUUGGAGGGUUAACAUGGGUGGUCCAACUGUCUCCUCUGCAAAUGACACCCUUCAACGGACCUGGGUACCAGACCAAAAUUUUCUUCUCACUCCUAACCUUGCUACCGAUGUUACAAAUACGGGUGCUGUUAAAUAUGUAAACGGCGGGCCAACAGAGAAUAUUGCUCCACGUACAGUCUAUGGUACUGCCACAGAAAUGAACUCGAGCGGUGAUCCUCGUAGUAAUUUCAACGUGUCCUGGCAGUUUGAUGUAGAUCCAGGAUUUCAGUAUCUUGUUCGAUUUCACUUUUGUGACAUAGUUAGCAAAAGUCUCAACGAACUUUACUUCAAAAUCUAUGUCAACUCCUACAUGGCGGAUAAAAAUGUGGAUCUCAGCACUUUGAAUAACAAUCUUUUGGGUGCUCCACUUUACAAGGAUUUUGUUACGUCCCCUGAUGGCAAGGAAAUUCGUGUAAGUGUCGGCCCUGCUUCUUUAGACAAUGGUAAUUACCCGAAUGCCAUUUUGAAUGGGCUGGAGAUCAUGAAAAUGAAUAAUUCUAAGGGCAGUCUGAGCGUAGGAACGGCUGUGAUUGCUACUGGUUCAAGCUCAAAGAAGAAAGUAGCCAUUGUAGUGGGUGUGGUAGUGGGGACAUUGUGCGCAGUGGCCUUGGUUUUUUUCUUUGUAUUGUGCAGAAGAAAACGUUUGGCACAAGGCCUUUCAAAGACAUGGGUUCCCUUAUCCAUUAAUGAGGGAACUUCUCAUACCAUGGGAAGUAAAUAUUCUAAUGGCACAACACUAAGUGCUGCUUCCAACUUAGGGUAUCGCAUCCCAUUUGUGGCAGUUCAGGAUGCUACAAACAGUUUUGAUGAGAGCUGGGUUAUUGGGAUAGGUGGUUUUGGGAAAGUGUACAAGGGGGAACUGAAUGAUGGCACUAAGGUGGCAGUUAAGAGAGGGAAUCCUCGGUCCCAGCAAGGGUUUGCAGAGUUCCGAACUGAAAUUGAAAUGUUAUCUCAGUUCCGUCAUCGCCAUUUGGUGUCACUGAUAGGGUAUUGUGAUGAAAGAAAUGAAAUGAUCCUGAUAUAUGAAUAUAUGGAAAAGGGGACUCUCAAGAGUCAUCUCUACGGUUCAGGUCUCCCCAGCUUAAGUUGGAAAGAAAGACUGGAGAUCUGUAUUGGGGCCGCUAGAGGACUACAUUACCUUCACACUGGCUAUGCCAAAGCAGUUAUACAUCGAGAUGUGAAGUCGGCGAAUAUCCUGCUUGAUGAGAACCUUAUGGCCAAAGUUGCUGAUUUUGGGCUAUCAAAGACGGGGCCUGAAAUUGAUCAGACUCAUGUGAGCACAGCUGUAAAAGGAAGUUUUGGAUACCUUGAUCCUGAGUAUUUCCGUAGGCAACAAUUAACAGAAAAAUCAGAUGUUUAUUCAUUUGGGGUGGUUUUGUUUGAGGUUCUUUGUGCAAGACCCGUGAUAGACCCAUCACUUCCCAGAGAAAUGGUGAACUUGGCAGAAUGGGCAAUGAAGUGGCAGAAAAAAGGGCAAUUGGAACAAAUCAUAGAUCCUACGCUCGCAGGGAAGAUCAGACCGGAUUCUCUUAGGAAGUUUGGAGAAACUGCAGAAAAAUGCUUGGCUGACUUUGGUGUGGAUCGGCCUUCUAUGGGGGAUGUCUUGUGGAAUUUAGAGUAUGCCCUUCAGCUUCAAGAGGCAGUUGUUCAAGGUGAUCCUGAAGAAAACAGUACCAACAUGAUUGGUGAACUUUCCCCACAGAUAAACAAUUUCAACCAGGAUGCAAGUGUUUCUGCUGUUCAGUUUGAAGCUUCAACCACGGAUGACCUGUCUGGUGUUUCAAUGAGUAGGGUUUUCUCACAGCUGGUGAAGUCUGAAGGGAGGUGACUUGGUAGACUCUUAGCUUCUAUGGUCCGCAAUUCGUAUCUGCACCUGUGCACCACUAUUUGUUUUCCCUUUUUUAAAUAUAUUUUUGAUUGGUUUGUCUUCUGAAUUCUUAUCAGUAGUUAUCUGCAAAAGAACGAGGCAACCAUAGAUUUGUAAAGAUAGACCAAGCUAAUGAAACAUGUUUGCUUCAUCUGUAAACAAGCAUCUCGUGAAGUUUUUUCCCCUUGAUGUUAAUCUGGAUGGUCAAUUGGUCAUGUAUCUUUAACUGUCUUACAUAUGUCUGAAUCCAGAAUUUUUUUUUU